UCAGUCUGAUUCUUGGGCCGCUCUUUGGUUUAUUCCUACCAUCGGGUUCCUACAUUGGCAAAUUCCGCUAAUCAUGUUCAUUACAGUGCAGCACGGUCAAGUGAUGGAUAAUGCUCAUACUAAGACGGUGGAGGAGGUUUUGGGCUUUUUCAGUGUAAAUGAGUCUACAGGUCUAAGCUGUGAGCAGCUGAAGAAGAACAGGGAGAAAUGGGGACCCAACGAACUGCCUGCUGAAGAAGGGAAGUCACUGUGGGAGCUGGUCCUGGAACAGUUUGAGGACCUCUUAGUUCGAAUCUUGCUGUUGGCUGCAUGCAUCUCCUUCACCCUGGCUUGGUUCGAAGAAGGGGAGGGGACAAUCACAGCCUUUGUUGAACCUUUUGUCAUCCUUCUCAUCCUCAUCGCCAAUGCUAUUGUCGGAGUAUGGCAGGAGCGUAAUGCAGAGAAUGCCAUUGAGGCUCUAAAGGAGUACGAGCCAGAGAUGGGCAAGGUGUACCGACAGGACAAGAAGAGUGUUCAGAGAGUCAGAGCCCGGGACAUCGUUCCUGGAGACAUUGUGGAAGUCGCUGUUGGUGAUAAAGUCCCAGCUGACAUCAGGCUGACGUCCAUCCGGUCCACCACUCUGAGGGUAGACCAGUCCAUUCUGACGGGGGAGUCUGUGUCAGUGCUCAAACACACAGACCCCGUACCAGACCCCCGGGCUGUCAACCAGGACAAGAAGAACAUGCUGUUUUCUGGUACCAACAUCGCAGCAGGGCGAGCCAUUGGGGUUGUUGUGGCAACAGGGGUGCAGACAGAGAUUGGGAAAAUCAGAGAUGAGAUGGCCUCUACUGACCCUGAAAGGACCCCAUUACAACAGAAACUCGACCAGUUUGGAGAGCAGCUGUCUAAGGUCAUCAGCGUGAUCUGUGUGGCAGUGUGGGCCAUCAAUGUCGGACACUUUAAUGACCCGGUCCACGGAGGCAGCUGGUUAAGAGGAGCUGUUUACUACUUCAAGAUCGCUGUCGCUCUGGCUGUGGCUGCCAUACCAGAAGGCCUACCAGCAGUCAUCACCACCUGCCUGGCACUGGGCACCAGGAGGAUGGCCAGAAAGAAUGCCAUCGUUCGCAGCCUGCCAUCGGUGGAGACGCUGGGCUGCACGUCCGUUAUCUGCUCCGAUAAGACAGGAACACUGACCACCAACCAGAUGUCAGUCUGCAGGAUGUUUGUUGUAGACAGUGUGUCAGGAGAGCGCUGCAGACUGAGCGAGUUCACAGUCACUGGAUCUACUUACGCCCCUGAAGGGGAAGUUUAUAAGGAUGGCUCUUUGGUGAAGUGCAGCCAGUAUGAAGGCCUGGUGGAGAUGGCUUCCAUCUGUGCACUGUGCAAUGACUCAUCACUAGACUACAAUGAGGCAAAAGGUGUGUAUGAGAAGGUGGGAGAGGCAACAGAGACUGCCCUCUGCUGUCUGGUGGAGAAAAUGAAUGUGUUCGACACUGACCUGAGAGGACUGAGCCCUGCUGAGAGAGCAACAGCGUGCUGCUCCGUGAUUAAGCAGCUGAUGAGGAAGGAGCUGACACUGGAGUUUUCCAGAGACAGGAAGUCCAUGUCUGUCUUCUGUUCAUCUAAUAAACUCACAAGGUCUGCCUCUGGAGCCAAGAUGUUUAUCAAGGGAGCUCCUGAGAGUGUGUUGGAGCGCUGCAAUUACAUCCGGGUUAGUGGCUCAACGUGUGUGCCUCUGAGCCCGGCAGUUCGAGAGCAGAUCCUGUCCACUGUGCGGGAAUGGGGAUCGGGCAGAGACACGCUGCGUUGCCUCGCCAUGGCAACCAGGGACACGCCCCCUGACAUUCACAGCCUCAACCUUGAGAAUUCGGCUGCCUUUGCUAACUAUGAGUCAGACUUGACAUUUGUGGGCUGUGUGGGCAUGUUGGACCCCCCCAGGAAAGAAGUACUUGGUGCAGUCCGAAUGUGUCGCCAGGCUGGCAUAAGAGUCAUCAUGAUCACAGGUGACAACAAAGGGACAGCCCUGUCUAUUUGUAGGAGGGUUGGCAUCAUCACGGAGCAGGAAGAGGAGCAGGAGGGCUCGGGAGUCAACGGGGGCCUGACAGGACGGGAGUUUGAUGAGCUUCCUCCACACCUGCAGCGUCAGGCCUGCAGGACGGUGCGGUGCUUCGCCCGGGUGGAGCCAGCACACAAGAGUCGUAUAGUGGAGUACCUGCAGAGCCUGAGUGACAUCACUGCCAUGACAGGUGACGGGGUAAAUGACGCACCAGCACUGAAGAAGGCAGAGAUUGGCAUUGCGAUGGGCAGUGGCACAGCUGUGGCUAAGUCAGCCUCAGAGAUGAUCCUGGCUGAUGACAACUUUUCCACCAUUGUGGCUGCAGUGGAGGAGGGCAGAGCCAUUUACAACAAUAUGAAACAGUUCAUCAGAUACCUUAUAUCAUCCAACAUUGGAGAGGUGGUCUGUAUAUUCCUGACAGCUGCACUGGGAAUGCCUGAAGCACUGAUCCCAGUCCAGUUGUUAUGGGUCAACCUGGUCACUGACGGUUUCCCAGCAACAGCUCUGGGAUUCAACCCUCCAGACCUGGAUAUCAUGUCCCGCCCUCCCCGCUCCCCCAAAGAGCCUCUGAUCUCCAGCUGGUUGUUCUGUCGCUACCUCAUCAUUGGAUGUUAUGUGGGAGCAGCCACUGUCGGAGCUGCUGCCUGGUGGUUUAUGGCAGCCCAUGAUGGACCAAAACUUUCCUUCUAUCAACUGUCCCACUACCUGCAGUGCAGUGAAGGCCAUGUUGAAUUUGCUGGUGUGCAGUGUUCAGUCUUUGAGUCUCCUUAUCCCAUGACUAUGGCCCUGUCUGUCCUGGUUACCAUAGAGAUGUGCAACGCCCUGAACAGUCUAUCAGAGAACCAGUCCCUGCUGAAGAUGCCUCCCUGGUCAAACCCCUGGCUGGUGGGGGCCAUCUGUCUAUCCAUGGCGCUUCACUUCCUCAUUCUAUAUGUGGACCCAUUGCCGGUAAUAUUCCAGAUACGUCCUCUGUCGUGGCCUCAGUGGGUGGUUGUACUAAAGAUGUCAAUUCCUGUCAUCUUGAUGGAUGAGGUUCUCAAAUUUCUGGCCCGCAACUACAUCGAGCCAGGAAGCCAGAUUCAGUCACUGGAAGAGGAGGAGGAGCUGCAGAGGACAAGGGCUAGCCCUGGAUUGGCCGGUGCUGUGAUGACAAGGCUGCGUCAGUCAGUGAGGGGCGUGUCCUGGUCGUUUGUCCUGAUCUCUGGACCACUGGUGAUCUGGAUCUUCAGCCUGGACUCUGACAUUACCAACAUCUUCUGGGAGUGAUGGGAGAAAGGGAAGAUGGGUAGACUGUUGGGUAAGCACGCAGUGGAAAAGGAAAGAAAAAAGGAAAAGCUAAAGAGGAACUGGUGGAAUAAAAUAUAGAGAAUUGGUGGAUGGAAUGUAUAAGGGUGAGGCGGAUGAGGUAAGAGAGAAACAAGAGACAAGCAAAGAUGAUAAAUACUUUGCAGAGAUGUAAGAAUGUAACAGUGAAAUAUUCAGCCAACAGACAAUCAAGACAGUGCAACGCAGUUUGACAUCAUCUCUUUCUCAAUGAUAAAAGGUGCUAUGUGUAGUUAAUAGUCUCUAAGUGGUGAUCACAUGUCAUAUGAUUCUCACGGCUCAUUUAGACUACUUGUAUGAGCUUCCCCUUUUUCAGCUCUAGGGAUGUCAGUGUCAGUUUGUCUCUGACAGGAUACCUUGAAAACCCCACUCCAGCCUGUUUCUUCCUGUCUAAUGGUUAAUCUUAAUCUUAAUGUGUGGUUAAUAAUCAGGCCUAAUCCAUUACAAUGGCAACCAGACAGCUGUUCUAGCAAGAUCAACAUCAUUAGCAUGGAGAGUGAUAACAUAAAUUCUUCUUGGGUGUUGAGGAGCUGCUGGACAGCUGUCUGCUCUGGGCACAGCCACUGCCUCUCUCCCUCUGUCUUUCAGCCACACACUAUCUACACACUUCCCUUCUGCUUAAUAGAGUCAUUCUUGAAGAAAAACCUCUAUUUGGAGGUUAGGGUAUGACUUAAUCAUACAUCAUUGUUCCAUUUUUUUUUUUUUUACAUUUUUUUCUAAGUCUAAGCUCCAAAAAAUGAAGGUCAGACAUAUUUGGCAAAACAUUGGGCUCAUCAGCAUUGUCACUGGAAAUAAAAUAUAUCAUAAAAAUGCCAAACUACACUGGAGUGGCGUUUUAAAUCUCUGUACAUGCCCACCUGCUGACCUCUGCAUUCUAAACUAUUAGAGGUUACAUGAGAUUCGCAUGUUAGCAUGCUAUAAUCUGUUUUUGUGUUUUGAAAGCAGCUCUGUAUUUAGACGUCCUGCCAAAUCUGACCCAGGGACGCGCAAUGUAUAUUACAAUGUAUUUGUCAAUGUUGCAUUUAUUUCACACAGUGUGAGGUUCCCCUCAGCAGGGCAGGCCAACACCAGCUAAUCCUUUGGACAAAAGUUCGGAGUAAUUUGUAGCUAAAUUUAAACUAGUCAUGUACCAAAUCUGGUUGCACUAAUAAGACAUGGAAUUGUUGCCCUGAAAGAUCUGUAACACUGGCCAAUCAACAGGAAGUCAUUGUAGCAUCACAAGACUUUACAGUUUUUGGUUGCCAAACAAUAUAUGUUUGUCUUGCGAUACUUUGUAAAUGUAGUGCUAACUUUACUUUGUUCAUUUAUGAACACACUGUACUCAUGUAGUUCAGAUUGGGAGGGAAAUAUACAACAACCUAAUUAGCAAUAUUUAUUGUGAAAUUAUUGGCAUAAUAGUUAUAUAUAUAUAUAUAUAUAUAUAUAAAACAGUUAUAAUAGUUUUUUUAUUCAAACAUACUGUGGUUUUUAUGAAACAUGAUUUAUUCUCAGUUUACAUAAUAUUUAAACAGACACAACAGUGUUGAGGCACAUAUGGAUCAUUCCAUGCCAACUCACCCAAAAUCCAGAACUUCUCCAGGCUCAUGUCAUGGAUUGUCUCAAAAAAAUCAUGUUGAAACUUUUAUUAAAUUCAUAGGAUCUUGCAAAAUCCUAAAGCUCCACAUCAACAACUUUGAUAUAUAUGCCAUGAAUAUCAACACUGUGACAUACUAAAGUUUCAAGGAAAGCUGUGUAGCAGAAACACACAUUUUUUGUGUUUUACUUUCUUGUGUGUGUAACUUGUCUAGGCCCCCAUGUUGGAAUCGUGGUGUAGACUAAUUAGACUAAUUAAACUAAGUACACAUAGCACCUUUUAGAUGAAAAUUCCUGCUUGAAAAUGAGUGGAUUAGAUAGAAGGAGAAAAGCUUUGAGUGAUAAAGAAUAGAAUAACACACACACACACACACACACACACACACACACACACACACACACACACAGUCUUCAUGCUGCAGUGCUAAACUUUACGGUCACAUUGUGGUUGGAACUUCCCUGUAGAUAUUGUAAACAAGCUUUUAACCUGUGAAGGAAGACUGUUAGCAGACUGUUACAGAACGCAUGUCAACGCACGUCCCAUAUUUCUUAAUGUCUCAAAGCUAGAAGAUCAGUACAGACUGUACUGUGAAUAAACACAUCAUUCCCUACAGAGCAUGGGGUUUAAGUGGGACGUAGUACUGUGUGCACAGUACAGCUGCUGUCUACAGGUUAUAAAGAGGCCCACAUGUCUAAAACUGUUACAUGGUUUGGAGUACACAUUAUCUAACUUGUUGAAGGCCAGUCACUUAAACCUUCAUUCCGAUACAUCUACAGGUCAUUACUUUGUUCUGUCGCUUGAUACAGACGCUGAGAAGCUCUUCAAGUCUUAAUGUGACCUUGCCUGACCAGGCUUUUAGUCCUGUAACAUCCUGAGGCUUCAUAGACUGAACAAAGCUGACAGUAAGGCUUCACACAGGAUGAAUGAGUUGAGUUUAAUUAGUUCAGACAUGUUAAUUAUGUUAUUUAUAUUUAUGGUUAAACACAGUAAAGGUGGUUGUGAACUUCCAGGUAUAGUCAGAAACGAACUGAUGUGAGUGAUACGUGUAAAUGGCUUUAAAUAUACUCUAUGUGUUUAUUACAGUCACUUGUUUAGUUUCUUUGUGUCAGUUCUUUUUUCCCGUGUCUGUUCAACAAACGCUCUGCCUCUGUGUCAGUGUGCAGGCAGUGAAACAGGAUUUCAGUUUGACGACCGAUGCUUUCAGCAUGGAUAUGAUACACACAUUCCUAAUUAUCUCUUACCAGAAGCCUGACAAUGAGUGAGUGUUUCAUGUGAAUGUGUUUUCAGUGUGUGUCUGCCAUGUUGUCCAGUGGUGCCGUUGUGGCAUCUCACUCUGUUUGCCAUUGAAGGGAUUUUUCUUUUUUUCUUUUUAUUUGUUAAAAAGCAUUUUUUGAUUCAUGUUAUUUCAUUAACUUGUGUUCUAUACUACAUUUAACCACAGUGACUGAAUACUGGGGCCGCUGUUCAUAAAACAAACAUCUGAAAUCUACAUGUGGUUUAGAGACUUAAGUCAUAGCACUAUUUAAACUAAGUCAUAAUAUUGAUGGAAAUAAUGUCCUAACAUUUUGAGAUGAAGGCACAAUUUUAUGGCAUUAUAAGAGUAAAGUAAAAAACAAUAUGUACAAACUAUGAUUGGUCCUUUAAGGUAUGAUUUGUCACCACUGUCCACCCCUCCACAAACUCAGUUAGCAGAGUAUUGAAAGACCUGUCCCAUAAAAUCAUACAAGAUGACUUAACUCAUUUCCUUUUAAAAUGGCAACUUAAUUCUAGUAAUUUUCAGUUUGUUUGUUUGGUUUUUUUUCCACAUGGAGUUGCCACUCUAUUCUUUAAAUAUAACUUUUCAAAAUUAUGACUACUUGAAUAUUAUGACAACUAUUUCUUAUAGAAUUGUGACUCAUAUUUUCGUGGCUCUAAUAUUACAUCAAGGCUCUAUAUUAUAGCAUUAAAUUAAAGCAUAAACUCUUGUCUCAAGGAAAGAGAAGCGUUAAACUUUCUGAAGUGAAAAACUGUUAGACCAACUCACCUCUGGUGGAAACAAGCAUUUUUUUAAUUUUGUUUUGUAUUUUUCUCUGUAAUGAUAUGUUGUUUUAAUCACAGCUACUCCUUGUUAAUUGUUAAAAACCAUAGAAAACAGUUUGCUGCUUCUUUUUGUGUUUGUUUUUGCUCAACAUUUGUUUGAAGGUGUUCAACAUAUGAGCGCUUAACAAUUGGUGAAAAAAAUGUCAAAAAUGACCAAAAGGAUAUGUAAUACAACAUUUAUUUUUUUUUUUACCAUUAAGGCAGAGGAAACACUUAGAAGUGAGUAUUUUUUAUUUGUUUUAUUUAUCAACAUUGUAUUUUUCUCCAAGGCUGUAAUUUGCCAUGGCAGCCCAACAAUAACUUACAUGUACAAAUGGUUUGUUCUUUACUAUUAUUGUAAUUAUUAUUGUUGUUAUUAUUAUCAUUAUUAUGAUUAUUAUGAUAAUUAGCUUACACCUAUGUCUAUAGGAGAAGACUGAGUGGACUGAAGGGUGUACAUGUUCCGGACUGUCUCAAUAAAUGAAAAGUUGUUGUUGACUGACUCAUCUGUUUAAACAAAGGUUGAACAGUAGUACUUGAUAUUGGAGAAAUCACCUACUUUCCCUCUCUUCCUCUCUGUUCCCUCAACAGUAAAUUACUAACGUCUACACUGAAGCUAAACAAGGAAGCAUCAUUUUAUAGAUUUGAUUUGAAACCCUUUUCUUGUUCAUACUGCUGUUGGUUGAGAAGUUUGUUGUCACUGGGAAGGGUGUUACAGAAUUAAACCAACAAUAAAUAUAAAAUGGUUCAAAAUGUAAGUGUCCUGUGCUUCUUUACACAUUACAAGAGCUACACAAUCAAUGUUUAAAGCAGCUACAAAGAAC